AUGCCGAUGAACAUAUCUCACAGAAUACUAUACGAUGAGGAUAUUGAAAUCUUAUUGAAGAGGAGAUUUACAAUAUACUAUGUAGUGAUACAAGAGGCAGCAACGCAAGUGAACAAGUGCAGUCUUCUUCCUCAUGAUCAUUACUGGAUCUCAAGUAAACGCAUUGUGACAUCAGAUGGUCAUAUCUCCSGUUCUGUGGAYGUGAAGGGAGGUGUUAUUGUAUCAGUGGUGAAGGAAGCAGAUUGGCAUAAGAAGCAAAGGAGMCGAGUSAAAGUGAUUGAUUAUGGAGAAACUGUAGUCAUGCCCGGCAUGCUCAUCCUAGAAGAAGCUGAGUGGGAAGGGUUUCCUUCUGGAACAAAGGCUGCUGAGGGGAUCACCACAUUGGUUGACAUGCCCUUAAACAGUUGCCCUUCAACUGUAUCUCCCGAAACUUUGAAACUCAAGAUCGAGGCUGCCAAUAACAGGAUACAUGUUGAUGUUGUAUUCUGGGGAGGUCUGGUACCUCACAAUGCACUCAACUCAAGUUCUCUCGAGUCUCUCUUAGAUGCUGGAGUUCUUGGUCUCAAGGUAGAUAUCAUGUGUCCUAUGAAAGCUCACGUAUCUUUGUCAAUGCAUUGCUGUCUAUUCAGGGAGGAGGGAGCAAUCAGAAACCUAUUAUUGGUUACUGAAAACACAAGGACUGGUGGUUCUGCAGAAGGAGCACAUGUUCAUAUUGUGCAUUUAUCUGAUGCCAGUUCUUCCUUGGAUUUGAUAAAGGAAGCAAAAAGAAAAGGAGACAGUGUUACCGAUGAAACAUGCCCACAUUACCUAGCUUUCUCAGCCGAAGAGAUUCCAAAAGGCGAUACUCGUUUCAAAUGCUCCCCGCCAAUAUGUGAUGCAGCCAAUACAGAAAAACUGUGGGAAGCAAAUGAUGGUAUAAUUGAAGGAAACAUUGAUAUGCUAAGCUCUGAUCAUUCACCUACAGAGCCUGAACUCAAACCCCUGAGUGAUGGUAACUUCUUGAAAGCAUGGGGUGGGAUAUCGUCUUUACAGGUAGCUUCUUGGUGGAGCGAUCAGCCUUACAAACUCGCUGGACUACACUCUAAGAAUAGAGCAUCUCAGCUUAUUUGGGAACAAGAUUAUCAGGCAAAGUGGUUUCAACAUUUGUUAGAGGAAACUUGGUUUUUGGAGAAGGCAAACAUGCUUCUGAUGCUUGCGGGUCUCUCCUACUCGCGACUUGAAAACUACAAAGGGACCAUUGUUACAAAAUGUGAAUACGCGAUUAAGCCACUAAUCGCUGGCAUACUUGGUCUCGAUGAAUUCGCCCGUUGCUUCUCCUCUGAGAUUACUGAUUUUAGUUCCGCACUAGCCGAACAUCUCAAGAUCCGGCGUGAACAGAAGAUUGUUAGUCACCGUUUUAGGCGAUUCAUUCUAUUGUCGUUGAUUUUCGUCACCGCCACUCAGUUCACAGCCUUGCCUACCACAAUGAGAGCUAGCAUUCCCUUUAAUAUCUAUGAAGUUGGAGAGCUCGCGGCAAUAUUUCACUUCGCUUUCUUAAUCGAGACGCAAAAUGUUCAGUCAUGUUCUUGUCUUAGUAGACAAAACAUGGUUGCGUAUGAUCUUCAGCUUCGAGAUUGCUCUUAUUCUAUGGCUGCUCAAAAGAAUCUAACAGUAACCAUCUCUCUCUUGUUUAUGACGUAA